AUGAGCAACGAGGGCAGCCUGCAAGGCCGCAUUACACUUACGGCACUGGCAACUUCCUUCAACAUCCAUGAAGCAGCGCUCAAAGUAGCUCUCGAGGGCGCGUUUGACCUUCUCACAAGCAUUCAGAAUCCUGCGCUUGCGCUACAUAUGACGUUAAUUCGACUCGGAUAUCGCUUCAACCCGCAAGAUUUCUACGCUGUGAUGAACGCCUUCCGCCGCGAUUUUACUGGCUUUUUGGACGACGCGGAAAUUGAUGCAGAAUUGCACGUUCACGUACCGCGGAUGCGCUCGAACCCAUACCGCGGGAUUCCUGGCAGGCAUUUUCAAGGGGAAACCGCUGCUCCUCGUGGCUCCGUGCAAGCAGCCCGUGUGAAUGCCAUGGCACCGCCUUUGUAUCCGUUCUUAGGGGCAUCCAGUCACGCUGAAGCGUCCUCUUCGCCAUUCCGGGCAUCCAUCGGAGUUCUCGACUAUUAUGGAGCGCCUUGGUCAUCGGGCCAGCAAUAUCCAGUGUCUCAAGCAAGGGCAAGCAACCAAUUGGAAGACGGCUCUGUGAGAUCGUCUAUGCAUAGAAGUGGUCAUCAGGGAGAAAUCGCCACUGUUGAGCGCUUUCCAACUUCCUCAUAUUUUGAGCUGAUAGAUGGUCCACCUGAAGCGAGUCGCAAUAGCGCCAUGGGUACGGAACUAGGGGAUGAUGGAGAUUACGAGGGACUUAGUCAAUAA